AUGCAUGCAGCCGUGUUUUCAAGACUCUACAACUGUAGACUCAACAUACCUCUAGCUGCUCUCAGGUCCAGGGGUCCUCUUUUGCCCCGGCUGGUUGGUGCCAGAACAGUCACCACCAUUCCAAUUGGGGAUGGCUGGUGGGGGUCAGAAAGACAACAGAGGUCUAAUGACACCAAAAUCUAUAAAUUUACGGUGGAAACCUCCGAUGAGGAAAUAAAGGAUCUUCACCAUCGUCUUGACAGAGCCAGAUACACCGAUGCUUUGGUGGAUUCCCAAUUCAACUACGGCUUCAACUCAGCAUACCUCCAACGAAUUGCCUCGUAUUGGCGCAAUCAGUUUGAUUGGAAUGGACAGGUCGACGUCCUCAACAAAUACCCACCUUUCAAAACCCGAAUUGAAGGUCUGAAUGUGCACUUCCUUCGCAUGAGUUCUCCUCAUGUGCCUGACAGACAGGCAGUUCAGCCUGUGAUGCUUGUCCAUGGUUGGCCCGGGUCCUUUUUUGAGUUCUACAAGAUGCUACCCUUCCUUCUUCAGCGUGAGGAUGGGCUGGCCUUUGAGGUAAUCUGCCCCUCUAUCCCAGGCUUUGGCUACUCAGACGCCCCACAACAGCAAGGGUCUGAUACUUCAGCAGCAGCUCGAGUGUUCUUUAAGUUGAUGGAACGUCUAGGUCACAACCAGUUCUACCUACAAGGAGGGGACUGGGGCUCCAUCAUCGCCAACAACAUGGCCCAGAUGAAACCAGAGUCUGUGAAAGGUCUUCACCUCAACAUGUUCAACGUGCCUUUCGGGGGACUGGCCAUGUUCCUGUCCUUGCUGCUGGGAUCUUACCUCCCCUCCCUCGUUGGAUUUUCAAAGGAAGAUGUCAAACGCCUCUACCCUGUGGAGAAGAAUUUACACGCUCUACUGAGGGAGACAGGCUACCUACACAUCCAGGCCACCAAGCCAGACACAGCAGGGUGUGGACUUAAUGACUCUCCUGUGGGUUUAGUGGCCUAUAUCUUAGAGAAGUUCUCUACCUGGACUGAUUCUGAAAAUAGCAAUCUUGAGGACGGAGGACUGGAGAGGAAGUACCAACUUGAUGAUCUCCUUACCAAUGUCAUGAUUUAUUGGACAACUGGCUCCAUAAUUCCUUCGAUGCGUUUCUAUCGUGAGAAUUUAAAGGAAAAUAUUCUAAAGAGAGUUGAUGCGAGGACAGGGGUGUAUGUGCCCACCGGACUAGCAUCCUUCCCUGGAGAGCUGUUCCACUGCCCCCCUCCUUGGGCUCGUCGCAAGUAUCAGAACAUUUUGUCCUACUCUUUCAUGCCCCGAGGGGGUCACUUUUCUGCCUUCGAGGAGCCUCAACUGCUUGCUGACGACUUUAGGAAGUUUGUGAUGGCAGUGGAGUCAAAGGCCAAGGUCACAUAA